CCAAUUCCGACGGUUCUCUUCGGUUCCUCCAGCCAAUCGCCGUCGCCACCGACCUUUUCGGCGUCUUACUCUUCUAAGCUAAACUGCAAUAUUCGUUUAUCCAUGGCCUCCUCCGUCAGGAUAGUCAUCGUCGGAGACGUUCAUGAUGACUGGAAUCUCGAAGAAGAUUCAAAGGCUCUUGAGCUAUUGCGGCCAGAUUUGGUGCUAUUUACAGGCAGGUUUUUGGUGCAAAGCUUUUUUUUCUUCUAGAUUUAUCUGGCAAGAUUUCUUUCAUUUUUGCUUUCAAAGUGAUUUUGGUAAUGAAAAUGUUAAACUUGUUAGAAGCAUUGCAGCACUCAAAAUGCCCAAAGCAGCUAUUCUAGGGAACCAUGAUGCCUGGAAUACACAAAGUUUUUCUGAAAAGGGGAAAGAUGCUGUUCAACUCCAGCUGGAAAGUUUUGGGGAAGAGCAUGUUGGUUACCAAAGAUUGGACUUCCAUUCAUUGAAGCUUAGUGUUGUUGGAGGACGCCCCUUUUCUUGUGGAGGUGAAAGGCUCUUUAGGAAACAACUUUUGACUAAAAGAUAUGGAGUUCACAACAUGAACGAAAGCGCAAAGAAAAUCUGUGAAGCUGCUGUAGGGACACCAAAGGAUCAUUCCAUCAUUCUUCUUGCUCACAACGGGCCCACAGGGCUUGGGUCCAACAUGAAUGACAUUUGUGGAAGAGAUUGGGUGCGUGGAGGUGGAGACCAUGGUGAUCCAGAUUUAGCUGUUGCUAUAUCUCAACUUAAAAGCACCAAAUAUUCCAUUCCAGUGGUGGUGUUUGGACACAUGCAUAAGGAGCUGGCAUUUGGAAAUGGUCAACGUAAAAUGAUUGUGGUUGGGGGUGGGGAUGACAACACCAUAUACCUAAACGGGGCCAUUGUUCCUAGGGUCAAAAGAUUCUCUCACAACACACUUCGAGCCUUUACUUUAAUAGACUCAAAACAAGGACAACUAGAAAAAAUCACCCAAACUUGGGUUUCAGUUUCAUUAACACAAGAUACCACCACUAUUGAGGAGGAACAAAUUUUAUUUACUAAUAACAACAUACCCACUACAUCUUCUAUAUAAUUUAUGAAUAAGUGAACUUUUAGGGUGUUAUGAUGGGCAGGUGGAGAGGAGAUGACAUGAAAGUAGUGACCCACCUAGACAAAUGUUGAAAGGUGAAAUGAAAAGUAUUAAAGGUGAUGGGGGGGUCAAUUGUGUAACUAAUUUUUAAGUGUUGACUCAUUCCUUUUGAAUACUACACCAACUUUACUUUA